AUGCCAGCACGUCGGCCAGCCCCCGGCCUAAACGUGCAGGCGAAGAACGACGACAAUCCCUCUGCCUCCAAGAAACCUCGCUUUGACGUGCGCAACCCGUCUGCGCUCGCCCCAGACGCUGUAGAAGAAGAUGCCAUGCUCGAAGCUGACGAGAUCGGCAAGCGUGGACAGCAAGUGAAAAGAAAUGCGGUGAACAUUGAUGGGUAUGAGAGCGACAGCUCGAAUGAGGGGUUUGAUGCAAGGGCAGACGCAAAGGCCAAAGAAUUGAAGGCACAGGGAAAGUCCAAUGGGCGGGGCAGUAAGCAGGAGGUGGAAAAUGACAUGUUCGCGGGUAUAGAGGAAGCAGAGCCCGGAGAGGGUGUAGAUGGAGACGAUGAUGAAGAGCUCGCUGCUGAGGGAAAGCGGAGGAAGAAGGAGGUGAAGUUUCUGGAUGAAAAGGAAAUUGAGGGACAGGUGCUGAAUAGUAAGAGUGGAGGUCACGUCAGUGCGGAUUUCUCAGUGAAUGGGAAUGGGAUUGCAAAUGGAGGUGGCAAGGGAAAGGGCAGAGAGCAAGAGGAGGAGAGCAGCAGCGAUGAGAGCGAGGUGGAUGAAGAGGACCGUGCUGCUCUGGGUGAGGCAGAUGAAGAGAUUGGUGCAGGAGGGAAGAAGGAACAUGCGCCGAAGGUGGAUGCCUUUAAUAUGAGGAAUGAGAAUGAGGAAGGGAGAUUUGAUGCUUCCGGCAAUUUUGUACGGAAAGCCGCGGAUCCAGAUGCUGUGCAUGAUUCUUGGCUUGUGGGCGUCAGUAAGAAGGACAUGAAGCGAGCUAAAGAGGCAUCCGACCAAAGAAACGAACAGCUUCGGGCCAAGCAGAUGGAGGAUGAUAAGAUGCUGACAGGUGACGUCCUGAAAAGUUUGAUCUCAAAUCUACAAAUUGGAGAGACCGUGUUGGAAGCGCUCGCGAGGCUUGGGACAGGGAAAAAGGAGAAACCUAAGUGGCAAAGAAAUAGGCGGAAGAAUGGAGACGAAAUGGAUGUCGACAAGGAGAAGCCCCCUGAAGAUCCCAAGGAGACGAGAAGGAAAGAAGCCGUCGAGGCUAUUACUGAGGCAGCAGAUUUACUGCUCACCAGAGGAAAGACGGAAAUAUACGACACGGAACGCGAGCUGCUGACAAGGCAAUACACGCGGGAAACCGGAGAGCAGUGGGUUGACUCGCGGCAGGACGAUGACGACGACACGAACGAAAUCGACGAAUCCAGACAUUGGCAAUACAGAUGGUCUGACGGCAGAGACAGAGUUGAAGCGCAUGGACCUUAUGAUAGUAAAAUGAUGAAAGCGUGGAUUGAUGCUGGAUAUUUUGGUGACGGCGUUGAAUAUAGAGAAGUUGGGACGAGCGAUUGGUUGAAAGUCCUUGAUCUGUAA